UAAAUACGGUUUCCUUAUCGGAGCGGGUGACGCAUGCGCUAUUUCAAUCUGGAAUUCCACUUCCGUGGCGGUUACUACAAAUACUGAGAUUCAUGGAAGGGGAAGACAACCAAGAUUUAGAACCCCCUUUUAAAGAGGGAAAGGGAGAUGACAGUGACACUGUCAAGAAGUUGAUUAAAUUAAUAGUCAACAAAAAGAGACCUUUGUCGCUUGGCGAAGUUAUUGAAAAUAUCGACGACGACAAGGAAACCAUUAUAGCAAUGUUUAGCAAUAAUAAAGAUAAAUUUUCUCUCUACAAGCAACCGUUUGUGGAUCUCAAAAUAAAAGUUGAGAUCUGCAAGCAGCACUGCUCGAAACAAAAAUGCUUAGGUACCUAUGGUUGCUCAAGUCUGCAUAUUUGCAAACGCAUGGUUUUAUCUGGUAGCUGUAGCUUUGGAAAUAAGUGUUCUUUUGGUCAUGACUUGAACACAAUUCAUAACAGAAAAGUUCUAGAAGAAAACUAUUUAAGUAACAUUUCGAUGCCUGGACUAAAUUAUGUUUUUACACGAGGCAUUAAUCGUAUUGUACCAGAAAUAUGUAAAUUUUAUAAUGUCGGAAAUGACAAAUGUAAACAUAAGGGACAGAAAACAGCCUGUCCAUUUUUACAUGUAUGUAAACAUUACGUUAAUGAAACUUGCAAAUUCAAAAACUGUCGAAGAAGUCAUAAGAUUCUUGACCAAGACAAUGUAGAUAUUCUUAAAAACCACGGUAUAGAUAUAGCCAGGAAAGAAAAGGACGUCCUUAGAGAACUCCGGAUGAUACUGAAGCAAAACAGACAAAAAAGCGUAUUUGAACCGGACAAUACUGAAAGCAUUAGUUUACCAGCAGAUACUAAGGUUGUUGAUCGGGUCAAAAAAGAGACUAGUGAACUUGACAUCUCGCUGUCAUCAGAUAACUCUGACGACAAUAUGAAUCCACCUUUCCAUGUUUUAAAAGUGAAACAAGAACCAACAGUCGGUGAAGAGAGUCGCAGCCCUGACAACGAUGACCCUCGAGUAUGUGUUGAUAUAUCGCCUGAUUGUGGGGCGUUCCGUUACAAGUCACAGUUAGAAACAGUUGUAAAGAAAGCUAAAAGCAAACAAGACGGACAAAUAAAACAAGUGAAUGGCCAUCUUGCAUCAGUUUCUGUUACAAAUUACAAAGGAAAUGCAACAGUUGUGGCAUUUUGUGUAGAUGGGGACGAUUAUCUGCAUCCAUUCAAUCUACACGGGUCCAACUGCGAAGAAGGUGUUUUUAAACAAAAGUGUUUGAUUGAAUCUGAUACCCCAGUGAAACUGCUUGGAGUUUCUGUUAUAAUGCCACGUGUAAAAGAAUACCAGGACAAUAUGAAUGCCAGGAAAGCGUACCUUAACAAUUGCGACGUGAUGGACACCAAGUUAUGCGAUACCAUUAAGGAUAAACAGUCUGUUUUCCUUAAAAUGAUAGUAUUUCUCGAAGACUGUGACAACAGAAGUAUCAGUGGAACAUCGUCUAUCAUCCGGAAUAAAAGCAAUACUCGUAAGCAACGUGAGAAUGAAAAAAGCGGCGAAAAAAGAGCAUUUGAGUGUACUGACAAUAGUGUAAAUGCAAAACGACGUAAAGAAUCAAGAGCAGACUCAUUAUUACAAGAUAAAAGGCUUUUUCAAAGAUUCUAUAGUCAAUCAAAUGCAUCUGCAUGGGGAAAUUUCAUUGACACAUCCGGAUACGAAGAAUCUGCUUUAAUGUGGCAAGCACAUGGGGAGGCACUGCAGUCUGUGUGCAUGAUCUGUUUUCCACUAGGAUCGGCAACUGGGUUUCGUGUUGGUUUUAACAAAAACUACAUUAUGACGGCUGCACAUGUUGUAGAACUUAUGGAGCAAACAGGGUUUCGUCGUAUCGGCAGACCGAAUCGAACAUCGCUCUCCAAUGCAAGUGUUUAUGCAGUAUUUGGGUAUUUAAAAGAAGGAGAAAUAAAAACGGAAAACAAAUUUAGCUUCACGGGAAACGUACCUUUUCGAAACGCAAAGACUGACAUAGCUGUAUUAGAGCUCUCUCAAAGUGCAUAUGGUACUCCGAUGCCACCACCCUUGUCUUACUUUCGAGCACCCGACUCUACACAGGAGUUUUUCUUCGUAGGGCAUUCUGAGGGUAAACCUUUAGGUAUAAAUAAAGUUGAUAAGAUUGUUGAUAUGAAUAGUAAAGAAACCAAGGUUAACAGAGCUUAUGUAAGGGUGAAGAGUAAAGAUCACACAAAAUGUGAUCAGCACCCACAGGGAAGAGAUUAUGAGUUCGAACCAUAUAGAACUCUUACAAACAAGCAUAGAUUUUUAUUUCAUUGUAAGUUCACUAAAGGUGCAUCAGGGUCUCCGGGUAUUGUAUGUUUAAACGAUGGUCGGAAGGUUGUUGUCACCGUGUUGCUUUGUGGAUACCCAGAGUGGUAUUACGACCCAUCAAUGGAACAUUUUAAGGCAAACUGGUCACAACAGUGUCUUUGCAUUGAACAAGGGGUAAAGCUUCAGUCUGUUUAUGAAAUCAUGAAUAAAGAAAAUGUUGAGUUAUGUACAGAGAUAUUCGGUCACGAAACAGAUGAUUAAGUAAAAAUGUAUAACUUUUUGAAAAUAUAUGAUAACAGUACAGUUUUGAUACUCUCUUGGUCUGGUCAUAGUUUUUUUGUUGUUUUGUAAAGGGUAUCGUGACUUAACUAAUAUUUUCAUCAUCAUCAUCAUCAUUUUACCUUUUUUCCAAAAUCUUCAACGCAGUCUCUUUUACAUCUGCGUUGACAUUCACAUGGUUUAAGAGAUGUAGGUACACUUUACGAUUACGGACUCGAAAACUGAUUGUCCCGUCCUCCCUUCUUGGAUGGUGUAUCUAAAACGCUUCAAAAUUUGGCAUAACAUUUUUAUUGUCAGUAUGUCGCCAACAAGCAUUUGAUAGAUGGGUUUGGUUUGGAUGGUGUUCUAUAUCUAACAUUUCAUCGGCAAUGCUAUAGUCUCUAUAUACGACUUAGUCUACCGCCCGUUCUCUGGAUCGUGUUCCAAUGCCCAGAGAUGCAGCUUCUUCUUUAUUUGGUUUUUCUGGUGUUUAACGUCCAAUAAUAAUUGCUCAUGGAGGUCUAAUGUCCAGAAAUACCACUUAUUUUUCUUGUUGUUUUGUAUUGAUGAUCAUAUCGGAUUAGAUUUUCACUGAUAUAGGGCUGUUAAUUUUUAUCAGUUGUAUUUUAACCCACAUACGUAUGUGUGCAAUAGAGUACCAUUUCAUUGUUUCAAUUAGACUUUGUCUUUUCAAAUAGAUGUAUAGUAAAAAGGCGCCAACAUAUUAAUUGUUUAUACCUUAGCCUGACGUCAAUUUUACAUCAUAAUUAUAUAAUCAGUCAAUCAGUUCAUGACAGUAUGUCAGAUCAUGUAUUAUAACAUGGGAACAGUACACCUUGUCUGUAACUAGUUUAGCCAAGUAUACUGUUGUAAGAAAUUGAUUUCGUAAUGCUGGCGGCAUUAUUUUCUGUAGUAAUAAUGAUAUAUUAUUUUUAACUAGGCUCUUAACUUGUGAACAAUACAUUUAUAAGGAGUAACUCUAACAUACUAGUUGUGUUUACAAUCGUCAUUCUGUUGUUGUUGUUUGCUCUUUUUUGUUUUUUGGCCGGGUUGCACAUGUGCAAACCUGGGUUAUAGUAUGGUGAAUGAUGGGCUAUGGGCGGGCGGGGAAAAAUUUUCGUAACAGUUUUCUCAGCAACUACUUAUCACAACCUCUUGAUAUUAAGCAUACACCAUUGACACAUUGUCCCAUGCUGUGGGAUUUGAUUUCAAAUCUGUCACUCAUCCUUGUUUCUGUUUAUCGACUUAGUUAAAUUUUCGACAUUAAUGGUCAAUGAUAGGAAAUUUUCGUAACAGUUUUUUCAACAACUACUUAUCACAGCCUCUUGAUAUUUUGCAUACAGCAUUAACACAUGAUCCCAUACUGUGGGAGUCGAUUUCAGAUCUGUCGCUCAUCCACUUCAUCUAUUUACCGACUUAGUUAAAUUUUCAACAUAAAUGGUCAAUCGUAGGAAAUUUUCGUAACAGUUUUUUCAGCAACUACUUAUCACAGCCUCGUGAUAUUUGAGAUACAGCAUUAACUAGUGGUCCCAUGUAGUGGGAUUUGAUAUCAGGUCUGUCACUCUUCCAUUUCUUGUUUACCGACUUAGUUAAAUUUUCAACAUUAAUGGUCAAUGGUAGGAAAUUUUCGUAACAGUUUUUUCAGCAACUACUUAUCACAGCCUCGUGAUAUUUGGCAUACAGCAUUAACUAGUGGUCCCAUAUAGUGGGAUUUGAUAUCAGGUCUGUCACUCUUCCAUUUCCUGUUUUCCGACUUCGUUAAAUUUUCAACAUUAAUGGUCAAAUGGAAAAUAUUUUGUAACAUCACAGCCUCAUGAUAUUUGGUAUACAAAUGCAACCCGGCCUUUUCUGUCUUUGACCCAUUUUUUAUUUAUUUUUGUUUGUUUUGUUAUGGUUUUGUUAGUGCUUAUUGUUUGUGAUUUUUGUGCCCCCACUUAAGUGGCGGGCAUUUAGAUUUACCCUUGUCCGUCCGUCCAUCCGUCCGUCCGGUCCUUCCGUCCGUCCGUUCUCUUUUGUGUCGCACUAACUCAAAAAAUAUUUGACCUAGAGUCAUGAAACUUUACAGGAAUGUUGAUCAGCAUGUGUAGUUGUGCACCUGGGUAUUUUCGUCUGGAUAGUUUUAGUAUUUUUAGAGUUAUUGCCCUUGACUUACUAAAAUUUUGCAAUUUUCAACUUGUGUCGCAUGUAACUCAAAAAGGAUUUGACAUAGAGUCAUGAAACUUUACAGGAAUAUUGAUCAGCAUGUGUAGUUGUGUACCUGGGUAUUUUCGUCUGGACUUAUUUAGUAUUUUUAGAGUUAUUGCCCUUGACUUAGAAUUUUUUUUGCAAUUUUCAACUUGUGUCGCAUGUAACUCAAAAAGAAUUUGACAUAGAGUCAUUAAACCUUACGGGAAGGUUGCUCAGCAUAUUUAGUUUUGCACCUGGGGUUUUGCUUGUGGAUUUAUUCAGUAUUGGUAGAGUUAUUUCCCUUGACUUAGUAAAAACCGUUUCAUUAUGUUGUUAUUUGUUCCUUGAGUGCUUGAGUUAGAAUCGACCAACUUUACAGGAAUAAUGAUCAACAUCACUAAAUUACAGGAAUAAUGAUUCACAUCACUGUGAAGCUUAGAAUUAACCUGGGACUUUGCAUGUGGAUUUUUUCAGAUUUGUUAGAGUUAUUGCCCUUGACUUACAGCAGUAUAAAUUUACAAUUUUCAACUUGUUCAUGCAUAGCUCAAAAAGUAUUUCACUUGUAGGCCUGAAAGUUUACAAGAAUGUUGGUCAGCAUGUGUACUUAUGCAGCUUGGGGUUUGCUUGUGGAUUUAUUCAGUAUUUGUAAAGUUCUUGCCCUUUACUUAGUAAAAGAUUUUUAGUUUUCAAAAAAUAUUUGACCUAGAGUCAUAAGAUUGACAGAACAGUGGCGCGGUGGGGGCACCCGUGUCCUAUGGACACAUUUCUAGUUAUCACUAUUUCAUUGUGUUUUUUUUUCUAUCAGGUAUUCAAAACACAGUGUAAUCUUAACAGAGUACAAUGUAUGUCUAUUAGUUAUUUUUGUAGUAUUUUGUCAAUAUAACAUUUACAUCACUCCUAUUCUGGUUUAAAACAUUUAUAUUUGAGUUUGUGAAAUAUUUUGUGCUACUUACUGAAUUUAAUCAUUCCAUACAUUAACCUUUUAUAAAAUGCUGCCUUCAAAUGCUAGUUCCGACUAAACCAUCAUUCAAGUAUAAAAUUGAUCUCUUUUUACACUAUUUUAUGUAAUAUAAAUAUCAUAAAUGUUUAUACUAUGCAAGCAAGAUGUGGCUAAUAUAUCAAUAUGUUUUAUUAUUUUAUUCUGAGACUGUUUUGAACAGUUUUAAAGAAAUAUUCUGUGUAUAUAUCUUGUCGUAGGUCUAAUACUAUAUUUAUUAUAAUUUAAAGAAUUAGCCGAAUAUUUACUUAAAAUUUUUGAGUUUGUGAUUUUGUAUGUUCUGUAUAUGAGUUGAGAAAUGAAGUGUUUGCAUGUGAGAAUAUGUUAAUCAAUGUACUAUAUCUUUUGAAUAUGAACGAGUUACAAAAUAAUAUAAUUAACCUAAUGUUGCAUUGAUUUACUUGAUGUGUAAAUAUAAGUUGUUCCUUUAUAUUCUACAAAUUGUUUUGUAUACUUAAAUAUAUUUUCUGAUUGUGUUGACUGUGUACAAAUUGUUUGAAAUGUUAUUUCUAGUUUAUCUGGGCCCAUCCCAUCGAUUUUCCUUAUUCUAUUUCUUGUAUUCGAAUUGCGAGUGCUUAGUAGACAAAAAGUCGGUAGAAUGGAAAUAAAACAAUUUAUCACAUACCCGUGCCGCUUUUGCGACUCCGUAAAAGUGGAAUUGCACGGCCGUGCAUACUUUUUGACAUGACGUCAUUUGCGUUAUACAAACAGAGUGUAAAGACACGCUAAAUGUAAGCGUUACACUGUAGGCUUGUCAAUGAAAGUGAUUCUGUUUCACUUUAAGAGCAGUCUUUUAUCUGGGUAUGUGAUAAACAGAAUAUUAUAUUCGUGUAGAUUUAUUACUGAAUUUUUGAACUCGUUGAUUAACUUAAUAUUAAACCCGUCAGAAGCUCGCAUAAUAUCGUUUUAUUGUGUUGCCUCUACGAAGUAGUGGCGACAUAUAGGGAUCACUUCUCCGUCGUAUGUCUGUCCGUCUGUCUGUCUGUCCGUACAAACCAGAGCUACAUAAUGGGGUUUGGUCUAUUGUUCUCAUAACAAUAGAUGUCUUUGAUGUCAUUCAUUCCGUUUCUCUUGUGGGGUUAUUUUCUUCAUUGUGGGGUUAAAAAGAACAAAAGAAAUAACAAAAGAAAACCCCAUAAUGUAGCUCUGGUAAGAACCUCCGUCUGUCCGUCCGUCACAAAAAGUUUGUCCGGACUACUUCUCUUAUACAACUAAUGCAAUUUCAAUGAAACUUUACAGGAUUGAUCUGUAGCUUAAGUCCUUGCGCAUAUUGCACGGGUUUUUCGGUUGAAUGAUUUUUGGCCGAGUUAUGGCCCUUUGAUAAAUAGGUGUUUUUUUCUGUGUGUUGCCAGAUACACAAAAGCUUGUCCGGACUACUCCUCAUGAACUACUGAUGCAAUUCCAUCCAAACUUUACAGAAAUGAUCAGUACCAAGUCUAGUUGUGCAUAUUGUCAGCAUUUUCCGGUUCAAUGAUUUUUGUCAGAGUUAUGGCCCUUUAAUAAUUUUUAUUUUUAAAGUUUGUCCGGACUACUUCUCUUAUACCACUAAUGCAAUUUCAAUGAAACUUUACAGGAUUGAUCUGUUGCUCAAGUCCUUGUGUUGCCAGAUACACAAAAGCUUGUCCGGACUACUCCUCAUAAACUACUGGUGCAAUUUUAUCCAAACUUUACAGGAAUGAUCAGUACCAAGUCUUGUUGCGCACUGUCCGUCUGUCACAAAACUUGUCUCAACAUGAAAUUGGCCAUCAUGAGGCGACACAUGUUAUCACUGAUCGCUCUUGUUUAAAGGGAGAGCGGUGUGUCAUAUUAAUACCUAUGCCGAUCGAGUUUAAAUUGUUUAUAUACUAAUUUCCUUGCGGUUCCUUUAGGGUUUUCAUGUUGUUGUUGUUUUUUUCGGACACUGGCACUCUUAAGUGUCCGCAAUAAUACGAAAUUGCGUUAUUAUUCGAACCUGAUAUUUUAAUAAAACCACCAGAUUUUGAUUUUUCUGGUCCAUUCCUUUAUUAAAUUAUGACAUGUACUGUAUUUUAAAACCUUUCAUAACUUUUAGCUGCCAUGUUUUCUAUGAUAGUAUGUAUCAUCCAGUUUAAGAACGAAUGAACUUCUUUUUCUUAAUUAUUAUUUUUCUAAGAAUUUUGAUUUUUAUCAAAAGUUUUCUGCAUCUCUUUAUCUUAAAGAUAAAGUACACUUUUAAAAUCUAUCAAAACCAUUUUUAUUUUAGUGUUUUAUAAAUUUUGGAUCAACAAUUUCUGAUAUUGAAAUGUGUCGUUUCGUAUACAUGUAAUUCUUUCUUUAUUUUUAUUUAUAUCCAUUAUUCAACCUUUGAUGACAGUAAUUUAUUUAUAUUUCUUUUCUAUAUAUCAUUUAAUUAUGUAUAUAUUCUGUUUUUUUCCAUUAAAAUCGUCAUUCUAUAACAAGUAUUAUGAAUUGUUGGUCCGUUAUUGAAAUUUGGAUUAUUUACUAGUUAUUAAAUGUAAAAAAGCAGCUUUUAAAUUAGAAAAAUGUAGACAUAGAAAGACGUGCUCGGAUAAAUUGACAAAAUAGAUCUACUAUUACUAUAGUUGUAAUUAAAAUCAUAUUUUCAUGCCAAAUGUCAAAGUUUAGAAUAAAAGCCAAAUUUGCUGACUAUGCAUAACGAAUUGGUUUUACAAAUAAAGAAAUGAAUUGACAUAAGAUUUUUAUCAUGGAAUCAAUAAAAUUAUCUUCACUAUAA